AGACUUGCGGGUGCGUUAUCUAGCUGCCACGCAACGCAUCGACAAGUCUGAGCCAAUUCAAUCAAUAUCAAUUACGCAAUUGACAAUUGUCUAAUGUCGUAAAAUCCAUGGAUAAACAUUCUGAAUUCCCACUGCUCUUCACCAACUGACUACUCACUGGUCACCCUUCAGAGUCCAUUAUUGCUGUGAUGUCGGACCAUGUGACGGGUGGGCUUGAAGGACUUCUUGUGGCUGUUGUGAUCGGUGUUGCGUUGAGAAGUUACUUUGCCAAACCGAAGCUGCCUCAUGGUGUUCGAUUUCCACCAGGGCCGACGUCACUCCCAAUUCUGGGCAAUGCACUGGCAGUCGAUGUAAAUGCGCCUUGGGUGACCUACAAGACAUGGGGUAGUCAAUACGGCAACGUGGUUUAUACCAGGCUUUUUGGUCAGGAUAACAUUGUCAUCAACUCUGAGGAGAUCGCAAGAGAUCUCCUCGAAAAUCGGUCACAGAAUUACUCUGACAGACCAGAGAUCGCCACCAAUGAAUUAUUUGGCGUUGACUACACUACCGCGUUUCAUGCGAUACAGUAGCAGAUGGCGACUUCAGCGCAAAAUUCUUCACCAGUCCUUCCGACAAGAUGUCGUACCCGAUUUUCGGCCCAUGCAAGUGGCA